AUUGCUCCUCUUAGAAAUAAACAGGAAAGCAUUAGACUUAAUGUCUUGCCCUCACAGAAAGUUGGUUUUGAUCUCCUUUCUUGGCUAAGUUUCAGUUCCCCCAAAGCCUCCUGGAAGCCCCUCACAGCCUCACGGCCCUUCUGCAGAAAGCAGAAGCGACUGUCCUACUCCUUGGCCUCUUCCACCCACUGCUGGACAUGCCCCCAAAAUAAACAAUGACAUAUAAAUCCCCUCAUCCCUGGGAAGAGGUUUCGUAGAAGAGGUCCAAAAUUUUUGGAAAAGCAGUUAAAGUAGGCAGCAUGCAGAGGAUAAAUUAUGGUGCAGCAAGAGCCAAAGCCAGAGACACCGGGCAGGGCAGCACAAAGUGGGACAGAGGAAGAGCCCUCGCACAGACACCAUGCUCGCUGCAAGGACAGUCCUGCUGCUCACCAUGCUCCUCACCUUCUCCCUGCACCGUGCUGCAGCCUAUGACUCGCCCACUGAAUGCUGCUAUAACCAUGCAGAGAAACCCAUCCGACACAUAGAGUACUUCUACGAGACGCCCAACACCUGCUCCUUGCCUGCAGUUGUGAUUGUGACUCUCAAGGGUGACAAGGUCUGCGCCGACCCCAAGAAGCGCUGGGUGAUGAGAGCCAUGAAAAGGUUUCAAAGGAAAAAAUGAAACCAUCCUCUGCCAACCACCAUCCGACUCACCCAUCCAGCCCUUCUGUUCCAGAUGGAGCAGAGGGCACUCGCAGCACUUUUCCAAGGGUCCCGUGGUGGUGAGCACCGUCACCGCAGGCGGAGCCUGCCCGAAACCCGGCAGGACCGGGUGUCACAGUGGCAUGGACCAGCCACCAAGUCCCUUUGGCAGUCACUGCCCUACCAGGAUGUGCCCCAUGGAGCAAAUAUUUAUAAUAAAGACUCAUUUCCACAA